AAGCCCAAACCUAUCCCUCACAUAGAGAUAACUCCCGUCUUUCAGAUGGUCUAUAAACAGUCGGCUGUUGGGCGAAGCAGAACCAUUUAGACGUCUCUCCAAGCGCGUAUAUUAAAUACGUGGAUCCUUUCCCAGCAUUACUUACAGUUUACAACCCAGACCCAGAAGACGACUCCUAUGUCAGUGGGUUAACUAUGUUUGUUUAUUUUUCCAAGCAGCGAGUUUGCAAAGAAAUUUUGAAGAAUUCGGACUUAAUCUAUCGAACUGAUUAUCACAGUCACUAGACUGAACACCGAGCUCUCAGUUUCUACGGAAAGGCUUUCUGUUGACGCAUAGUUUGUAAUACUGCGAUCAAUAUUAAUCUAUACGAAAUCGAAAAUAUCUAUUCGUUACUCAAACGAAAAUUCAGUUUUUGAAUUCAUCAUUUACGAGAAAUACUUUUUUAAACGAAAACUGGAAAUUUUCUAGUGUUAAAAUAACGAACAACCGAAGAAGUUUCUUUUCUCCAAUUUGUUAUCAAAGACAGCAGAAAGAUUUGAAAUCGAAAUACACUUUCAAUAUAUAAAAGCAUACUACUGAUUGUAAAGAAAGAACUCCUUUUAGUUUCGGGGACUGAGUAAACAGAACAUUUAGCAACUAAGUGAACUGGAUGUCGAAUGUUUCAAUAUGCUUUGUGUAAGAUCUUAGAAAGAAAUUAGAGAACUGUGUGUGAAAGUUUCAGCCAAUAUCAAAGGAUUGUAUUGAAGGAUCAGAAUUAAAAGAAUUGCGAAAAAACGUGUGAAAACUGCAACGUUUUUAUUCGAUUUUUCAACGUUUUUAUUAAUUUUAAUCUUUAACAUUAAAAUUGUGUUGUGUUUGCUUUCGUAUUUAAUGCAGUUUGAAUUCGUGAAUGUGCUCUGCAUUCUUUUGCUAAUAAUGAAAUUAUUUGCUUUAGUAAAGGAUUCUGAAUAAACCAGGAACUGCAGUUCAAAAGACCGAUCUGCAAAUGUGAAACUUCUAUUAAUUUUCAAGAUUCAGAUACUCAGCCGAACGAAACAAUAUCUUUUGAAAUAAGUUUCAAGCGUUUUCUGCAUUUAAAAGAAGCAAAAUGAAGCUUCUUGAAUCUCAGCUGACAGAUAUGUCAGUUAAAGGACUUGAGACUGCUCCAUCAAGUACUGGAGACCUUCUUCAGCCUGGCCAUAUUGUGAAGGAAAAAUGGCAAGUUCUAAGAAAAAUAGGACAUGGGGGCUUUGGACAAAUAUAUGAGAGCAAAGAUAUAUUUAAAGGAAACCUUGUUGCCAUAAAAUCGGAGCCAGCUGAAAAUAAAAGGCCACUAUCAAAAAUGGAAGUUGAUGUCUUAAAAGCUGUUAAAGGAAAGGAUCACUUUUGCCAUUUCAUAGGCUGUGGGCGAACUCAUAUUUUUAAUUAUGUUGUCAUGGAACUUCAAGGUCCCAAUUUGUCUGAACUCAAGCACAGUCAACCAAGCAACUGUUUCAGCUUAAGUACCACUCUGCGAGUAGGUCAUCAAAUUUUGCAGGCUAUUGAAUAUCUACACGAUGCUGGUUUUGUUCACAGAGACAUUAAACCUUCAAAUUUUGCAAUGGGUCGCUUACCAGAAACUAAGCAUAAAGUUUACAUGCUAGACUUUGGAUUAGCAAGAGAUUAUCUGACAAAAGACAAACAGUUACGUCCUCCAAGGAAUGCAUGUGGUUUUAGAGGAACAGUGAGAUAUGCAUCUGUAAAUGCACAUAAAAAUAGAGAAUUAGGCCGUGUUGAUGAUUUGUGGUCGUUGUUUUACAUGCUUGCAGAAUUCAUUGAAGGAAGCCUGCCAUGGAGACGCUUAAAAGAUCGCGAUCAGGUUGGUGCAAUGAAAGAAUGUUUUGACCACCAUCACCUAAUUCACAGAAUGCCAGAUGAUUAUGAUUUCUUCCUUGAGGAACUGUCAUCUUUAACAUAUUUUGACAAGCCACAUUAUGAUGAACUAAAUUCAAUGUUUGAAAAAUGUAAGCAAACAAGAGGAGUUAAAGAUAAUGAUCCUUAUGACUGGGAAAUAGAACAAGAUGAAGUGGUUUUAGAAAUCUUUGCUACUGGUACUAUUUCUGUUUCUUCAAGAAGUGAAAAUUCACAAUUAACUGUAGAGAUGGAGGGUUUGGAACCUCAUGCUGCUGAAGUUACAAAGAAAGAACAAAAGUCUGAAACAGAAAAUAUUCCUGCUUCUGCUGAAAUUAAUAGGGUACAGAAUGAGUUGAAUGAUGGAUCUCUUUUAAGAUAUGAUAAUGACUGUUCCAGCUGUCAGUUAUUUGCUGAGAAUUGUAGUAAUGAAGCCAUAAAGCCAAGACAGGUGAAUAAAUGUGUCUCAAAAGUACCAGGUGCAAAACAGAAUAGAAGCCAUAUUUUUGAGACUAAAACUGACAAAUAUGAAAAUGUGCAAGCAAAAUUGUCAGUACCUAAAGUUUCUCGGAAACGUUUACAAGUUGCAAAAACAAAAUCUCAACCAAAAGUUUUUAGUUCACAGUUUGCUAUAGCAGAGGAUGAUAUUUCAUCUGUUCAGCAAGUAACUAAGGGUGGGGGGUUAGCUUUAACAUUAGUUUCAAAAUGGCAGUAUUCAUUUGAUUAUACUGAAGCUGCUGAUGCAGAUUUUAAUAAUGAUUAUAUUGAAAAUUCUAAGCAGAAUGAAUUUAUAAAUCACGAUCAAACAAAAUUUAGCUCUUUUUUCACACAGAGAGAUGAAAACAAAGUGUGUUUGGCCUCUAAAGGAAAAUGGAUGAUGUCGAAAAAAGAAAACAGAGCUGUAGAAAAGUGUGCGAAACGUAGGCGUCCAGUACGGCGUUCUGUAUCUCAUCCAGCCAAAAUUCCACCAAAUGUGACAGUUAGAAACAGUCUGAAUGAUUAUAGUAAUGGCUGUGGGUUUCUUCGUAUAGGUGGUUUGGACAACAGUGGGCAAACACCUCAAGGAUUACCCCGCUGCUGGAGUUGUCCAACUAUAUCCCUUUUCAUUCGAUCACAUUUAAAGCCACCUUUGAAGCAGCAGGCGUCAUUUGAUGAAAAUGUGUAUGAAGUUGAUGUCAUGAGAAAUGUUGCAGCAAAGCAAGGUGUUAAAGAAGAGAUUGUGUCUUCUAGUGAUGAAAGAAGAACCUCUUUACCUCAUAUAUCAAUUACUGAUGUUCAAACUGAAAAUAUCGAAACUUCAUCUAUGUCAUCUGGAAAUAAAACUGUUCCUGAUGUUUUAUGGAAUGAACCUUUAAUUCAAGAAGUAAAUAAUGUUUGUCAUAAAGAAGAACCCAAAAUUAGUUCUAAAGACACUAACACAGGCUGUAUUAAUCAUCUUCAAAGGUCAGCAAGUUUGUGUCAGAAGGGUAUUUUAAAAAAUGUAUGUGAUAAAUACAAAACAAAUCAUAAAACAGACGGAUUAAGACUACGGAGAAGUCGUUCAGGUCCUAGUGAUAUGUGGCAAAAAGGAAAAGUUACCAAUGUUUCAUUCAUGGAGAAAAAGUCUGAUCCCUUUGUUUUGGCUUCUAAAGAGCAGCAUCGAUCAAACGCAGUUGUUCCUCAAACCAAGAAUUCCAUAUAUUUGAAUGUUUCUUUCAAUAAUCAGCUUCAUGCUGGAAAGAAAAAUAAUGUAAUUUCCGAGGGAAAUUCGUCAACUGCUUUUCUGAACGAAGUGAGAGAUGUUAUUGAGAGCACUGUAAAUGAAAAAAUAAUUGGUAAAAACUCUUGCCGGAGUACUUUUUUUCAAAAUUACUUCUCUCUAGAUUUAGAAGAAAAUAACAACAUGACACCAAAGAAUAUGAACAAUCAUUGUGAAUGUCUGAAUGAUUCACCCAAACAAUGUUCCAAUUUAUUUGAAAAAAAUUGUAGCUCUGAAAAUAUAAAUAAUCUUGAACAUGCACCUCAACAAAUGGAUAUGUCUUUAAAGAAUAUUCAAUCUCCAAAACAGGAAAGUCUAAUACAUCCUACUGAACCUUUUACAAUGGAAAGCUGUUCUUUGUCUAAUUCAACAGAAAAGAUGAUUAACAUUUCAAAAACUCUUGAAUGUCAAAAGGAAGCAUCUGAAAUUCCUGUUCAGUUACUGAAAUUCAAAAAUCAUGAAACCGCACCUAUUCCUCAAAUCAUUUUAUCAGAAGAUGAUGCAGUAUGUGAGAAAGAUAACAUACAACCUUAUUCUGUGAAAGAACAUGAAACUGUAAAUAAUAUUUGCAUAGAAAAUGAGCAUUCAGCCAUUUCGAUAAAGCAAAUUUCUAAUUUAAAGGGCAGCAUAGGUGAAUCAGUUUUUCAGAAUGAGAAUCUGAUUGUUACCGAGCAGGAAAAUAAUUCAAUCUCUUCGUCUUCAUUUGAAAAUUGCACACAGAAUAAAGAUACAAAGCCUGUAACUCGUAGAUGCAGGGAAAACCCAGACUGCAAAUAUGUGAAAGAUGAAAGUGAAUUGAAAUUAAAUUUCUCUAGAAGACGGCAACGACCAGUAUCAGUUGCCUGUUCAUCACACUUACCAAAUCCAUACAUUAGCAAACAUUUGUCAGAUUUCCCUUCACUGACAAAUGGCAACGAGGACGAUAACAUAAAUAGAUUGUAUCAGAAGGAUUCCGAAAUGACAGAGCUCCCAAAUGAACUGAGUUUACAAAGAGUUUCUUCAUUGCCAUCAGUCCCAUUGCUUAAUAAACAGCUUCCAUUAUAUUUCCAAGAUCAAGUUAAUUCAUCCAUUGUUUGUCAGAAACUGCCAACACCACCACCAGGCGAACCUCCUCUAAAGUACUGUUUACCUUCCAGGUAUGUAGGAUUCCUUUAAUAUGUAAGUUUAAAA